AACGCCACCCACACCAUUCUGUCAAAUCGUGUCAAACGCAGCGGUACUCGGUUUCGCUGUGGCCGUCUUAUAUUUUAACACGAUCAAUGAUUUUGUUAUUGUUGUGACCGCACGAAAUGAAAACAUUUCAGACGUCGCGUAGUUAAAAUAGAAUCAGUGUUGUCCUAAAUUGAAAACGUGUUAAAAUUGUCAUGAAAUAUCCGUUUUGGUUUUGCAAAAUAGAUCGUUUGGCAAGGUCAAGAAAGUCUGGAGUGCGUGGGAACUGAUGCAUUCUGUUGUACUUGUUGUAGUUUCUGGUGGUUUGCAGUGUUGUGUUGUUGGUUGAUAAGCGGAGUGUUCGCGAUGGGGUCUACGGGGCUCACAUUGGCAGACUUGCCAAAUAUUUUUAUUAUGAUCGGCGCGCUGGUCGCGCUGUUCGCGAUGCUUGUUAUACUCCUCAGGAACAUGGAGUUUAUCGGCAUAGUGGGCGAGGGUAGGCACCACGACGCGUGGGCGAUGCAGCCCCCGCGGCUGCUCAUGCAGCGCGUGCACAUACCCUUCACGUUCAAACUGGAGGAGAACCACUCCAUAGGCUACAGCGGCGUAAGCAGCGUCGUGUCCUCCACAGUGCGUUACUACCACGCAGCCUGGUGGGGCGCGCCAGUACGAGAGUUACACGCAACUCUGUGGGGAUCCCUACCGCAGAUCCUCGCCUCGCCGCACCUCAGCUUCACCAGAAGCAACCCACAUGACGAGCGGCCUCUACGGCUGAGUUCAGAGGAGCCACUCCAGCUGGGACCGCCGCCUCGAACCUGCUACCCUCUAGUCGUGAUCCUCGCGCGCGACCCGCGCGACACCACUGAGCUACGGCCUGAUGACACGGUAGCAUUGGUGAGCGUGGUACAUAUUCGCGAUGACCAGUGCCCGCUGCCGAGCGGCAUCAUCGCGCAAUAUCUCAAGCAAGCGAACGGGCAUCUCUCCUGUCUCAAGCAACUGUACGUGACGGGCGAGCAAUGCGACCCGUCCGAGCGGUACGCGGGCGCGGAGUCUGCGUUGUGCUGCGUGUGCGCAUCCGCGCCGCUGUCGCGCGCACUGCUGCCCUGCAGACACGCCUGUCUCUGCGCACACUGCCUGCCAAAGCUGGACAAGUGCCCGAUGUGCCGCAGCGCGAUCACGUCCUACUUCUGCAUCCGAAACGACGAGGAACCGCUUUCCGAGCUCAAGCAGCAGCGGUUCCCGUUCAACAGGCGGCUCUUCAACCUGUUCCACUACCACUAGUGGGACUAGUUCCAUCACUGGUAACAUCACGUCCUACUUCUGCAUCCGAAACGACGAGGAGCCACUUGGAGCUCAAGCAGCAACG